AUAUUGAAUUUGAAAUAUCCAGAAUUGUCAGUAAUCUUAGUCAUGCUUUACUAAAUAAUUGGGAUAUAUUUUAUAUAGCACAUUAUAAUUAUGAGGAAGGCCAAGUUUUAACAGAAAGUGGUAAAUUUAAAUUGAUUAAAUCUACUAAUCCAAUCAAUACGCAUGAUUACGCUAUCUCAGCUUAUAGUGCUCAAAAGCUAUUAAAAGACCUUGACAUCAAUAGUCCAAGUUGA